CUCUAUGUUUAUUUUGUAAGGAAAUGUUACGGCCGUCAAAGAUAUUUACGUCUUUGCACCAGCUUCGGCACUAUUUCCAAACAAAAGUAUCCGAGCUGGUAGCACCGCAUUCUACAAAUCAACUGAGGAACGUUGUGACUACGCAGCAAACAAUGACCUCUAUUCAACGCACUCUUUUACAAAAGACUUAUCAACAAACAACUAAAAGAAACGUUGUAAAUGAAAAGGCUUUACUCAAGGUCAUUCAGCAGCAUUUCCCAGUUGUCAAAGUAUUUUCUGCUCCUACACUUCACCAACGUAUGUGGGCUGCUGGUCGACAGCAGCAGCUUCGCACAAUGAUGUCUACUCCAUCCAGUAGCGGUAGCUCUGGGUUCUUAUCUUGGGGCCUUCCUCGUACUGCUGCAAUGGGUGUUGGACGUAGUCCUACGUUUGCUCGUCAAUUCUCAACCAGGUCGCCUUCUUGUGUCACUCUUUUUCAGAGCAACACGACAGCGAAUGGUGGACAAUCCAAUGUAUUUGCCCAUAUCUCGUCUCGAAUUUUCUCACCUGCUGGCACCAAAAUGAACCAGCCUGAUCUGAAUGAAAAGCAAUCUCCUAAAUCUGCUGCAGUUCAUCCAAACUUGAACUGUUCUGACGAGUCUAGUAGUGCUGAUGAACAACCUUACAACCAUAUCUUUACCCAAAAAAAGGUCAAUAAAGGUAUGGGUGAUUUAGUUGAUCAACAAGACAGCAUCUAUGAAUCUGAACAAGACAAUACUGUCUCUGGCUUAUUUGUCAGUCGUGAAUCUGUUUCAAGCCAAGCUCAACAAAAGCGAUCCAUGAACCGUAAAAAGUUGGAUUUUAUUAUUCAACAUGAUGAUCUUUCUUCAUUGCAUAGUUCCAGUAGUCGAAUGUCCGGCAGAAAGAGACACCACUCAAGAUACAGUCGCCUAAAGCAGCCUUCAGCUGAUCAACAUCAUGCAAGGAAAGCAGAUGAUCAGAUAACAAUGAAAAGCAAUGUACGCAAGAAAUCUAACAGUAGCACAUCUUCAACUAUCUAUUUGCUUAUCACCUUGGAUACAUUACAGUUUCUUAAAGACAAGAAUGGUAGUUGGUCUACAGAAAGCCUAAGUACUUCCUUUGUUGACUCCAUAGAAACACUUGCAUAUGAAUACCAAAUUCAUAUCAAUUAUGUCUUGAAACUUCUCGAUAAUCUACAGCGCCAUGGCAAAUUUAGAGUCGUAGCACGUCAAAGUGAGCUGCGAAUCUAUUUUCCUGUGCCACCCAAGUCUAAGCAAGAUGCUAUUGAUUUCUUAUGUCUUUAUAAUAUUGUGGAUCCCAUCAUGUAUGAAAAGCAAAACUAUUUCUCUAUUAUAGAAGAUCGAGAAAUAGUAUUGCCUUCAGAAGAUUAUUUUUCUUAUGAUCCUUCCACUGCCACUGUUGGUCCUGAUUAUUUUAAAGAUCUUCAAGCCUUUUUAGAUCGUACUGAUUAUCUUAUUGAAACUAGCCCUGCUUUUAAUUCUUGUUCUAGAAGACAUGAAUAAACAAUAUUAAUGU